AUGAAAGAUUACGAUAUGGAUAUAUAUUUAAUUAUGGCAUGGCGUGAUGCGCGACUUGUUAAUCCAUAUCAAAAGCCAAUUCUCGUAAAAGAAGAGGAAAUUUUAGAAAAAAUUUGGCGUCCCGAUCCAUUUUUUGCAAAUGCUAAAGAAGCCGAAUUUCAUGAAGUUACAUUCCUGAAUUUCUUAAUGAGAAUUUUCUCGGAUGGACUUGUUUUAUAUGAAACAAGAAUUAAAUUGAAAGCGGCAUGUAAUCUUGUUCUUUGCAAAUAUCCACACGAUAAGCAAACUUGUGAUCUACAGAUUAAAUCUUUUGCCUAUCCAUCAACAACAGUUCAUUUCGAAUGGUUCACAAAUAAGCGUGACGCUAUCGAUAAAAAUCCUGACGUCAAACUUCCUGAGCUAUACAUCGACAAAUAUGAACCGGUGAAAUGUGAGCGGCGAGUAAGAAAAUCCGGUGAUUUUUCUUGCUUAAGAGCAGUAUUUCAAUUGAAACGAGAUGUUGGAUUUCAUAUUGCACAAACAUAUAUUCCAACUUCUUUGGCACUUAUGUUUUCUUGGGUAGGUGUAUGGUUACCAGAGGAAUUUAUGGAAGGUCGUAUCGGUGUGGCUAUUACUGUGUUAUUAACUCUAUCAACAGAAUCUGCUGGAGCUCGAGAACAUUUGCCAAGCGUUUCAUAUCUAAAAGCCAUUGACCUAUGGUUCGGUUUUAUCACUGGAUUUGUGUUCUUUACUUUACUACAAACAUUAUUUGUUAUUGGUUUCGAUAAACGAGCUGGUCAAUUGCGCAAAUGGGCCAACAAAGAAGAUCUAAACGUAUCGCAAAAAGCCCGAGAUAUUCUUAUGGAGAAAGCUCAGCGAUACCAUAAAACCGGAAGAUACUUGGACAAUUUUUGCCGUGUCUUUUAUCCUCUUACAUUUACUGUUUUUUUAAUUAUGUAUUAUUUUGUAUAUACAGAAGGAGCUCAAGAUGAUUGUAUCGCAGCCCGAUGA